UCAGUAUUCACGUGCGAUAUCAAGCAGAACACAUUUUAACCGCGCGCUCAAGGCCAUGUAUUGACACGCACCCACUUUUGAAGGUUAUCAGUUUGUUCUUGAAUAGUCUUUAUCCAGGAGGAAAAAGAGGUACAAAUCAUCUUUAUGUCGUUAUUUUAUAGUGAGUGAUCAUGGAACAGCUGAGCAAUAACUUAUGACAAGUAAAUAAUAACGAGGAUAAAGAGUCAGGAAACGCUCAGCAAGAACAAUGAUCUGAACAGCGCGACUGCAUCUGAUUGGAUAAAACCACGAGAAUAUGUUCAAAAACUCCUGCAGAUAUCCGCAGUAGAGUUCGUGCCUCAGUAUGUGGGUAGCGUUUGGGUUUGUCCUCGUCUCAUAUGUAGCAGGCUACACAGAGGCAAGUGAGUACAGUAUACAUGAUGCAAAGACCCUCUGGUCAGCAGCUGCCGAGAACUGCAAGCGGAAUGCUUCACUAUUGGCUGUGCUUGAUUCUCAGUACAAACUCGACCAGCUGGCUAAUCGUCUUCCGUCUCAAGGAAACAAUAAUAGAAAUAGGUAUUGGAUCGGACUUGUUUACAAUGGAUCGACGGGACAAUUAUUUUGGAGUUCUGGUGUUGUUGCUGACAAAGUGUUAAUAACCAACUCUAGCUGCAGAAGACACCCGACAGCGCUUAAACAAAAGGACUUGUGUUACUUGGUGAAGAAGGGUCACUCUAUUUGCUUUGAAAAGCAAGAAUGCAACAAGAACCAUCGGUAUGGUUACAUUUGCCAACCAGUUACCAACAGAGUAUCGCCCACCACCUCAAGUAGUCCAGCACCAACAGUCCAAGGAACCACUUCAAGGCAUAAUACAGCACCGAAAUUUAAUGUCUCUGUAGGCCUUAAAAAUCCGGUGAGUAGUAUAAGCACGUUUAAUCAAAAAUCGUUCAAGAGAUAUCUCUUACUUACACUGCCUCAGUCUGACGGAGGCCUAACGCAUGCAAAUUUUUAUUUUCAACAGCUGUCGAAUUUUUCUUCCGUCAUGAGUUCCCUCAAUCCAAAAGAUCCAUUUUCUUUAAAGCUUGCGACAAAUGCAUUUAGAGGCUUUGCCGAGUCCUUAAAGUCAAACCGCGAUAAAAGAGGGAGGAAAGUUAAUUUGAUUUAUUCCACUCAACUUAUUGAAGAGUUUGCAUUCAGAUACGCGUCCUUCAACUUGAAUUCAACCAGGAAUGAAGAGAGGACCGAAAACGAACACAUAGUCUUACAAGUAUCCUUAGUACCAAAGGGUUAUCGUCAAAAUUUCACAUUUACAGGAGCGAAGGGCCUGGACGAAGAAACAAGAAUUACUCUUCCUUCUUUUUUAUUUCAAACCAAGGAGACUAUUGCGGUUAAUGUGUUAUACAGAGAUCUCCAUGAAUUUCUCGACAACUUGGGCUCCAGGGAAGGUAAAAUUCACUCCAUGAUCCUAGGAAGUGACGUUGGACCAUCUAAACAGAAAAUGUUCACAGAAAACGUCACAAUCGUUUUCCACACUUUGGAGGAAAAGGGAAAGUACAAGAAAUCAAGGCUAGAUUGUGUAUUCUGGCAGUGGAAUAAUUCCCUUCCAGCUAAUGGAAGUUGGUCAGGCGAUGGUUGUUCACUGGUGAAAUCAAAUACGACCCACGUGGUUUGCACGUGUAACCAUUUGACGAAUUUCGCUAUUUUAAUAAACAUCGAGAAACAAGAGUUUCCAGAGGAACACAAGAAAGCCCUCUCCUAUAUGACGUACGUAGGGGUCGGCAUUUCAUUGCUCGGCGAGACGGUUACUUUUAUAGCAUAUUUCUUACUUCUAUGUUGCAGUCAUGACCAACAAAGUCACGUGCAUAUAAACUUGGUUGCCACCUUAGCUGUUGCUCAGAGUAUAUUUUUGGCGGGAAUCAACGCCACUCAUGAUCAGGUACUAUGUAUAACUGUUGCUGCUCUGAUUCAUUACUUCUAUUUGUCAUCCUUCUGUUGGAUGCUAAUAGAAGGUGUUAUGCUGUAUCUACUGAUCAUAGAAGUCUACAAUACUGAGCUCAGAUUACGUCUCUGUUAUCUGUUUUCUCUGGGCUUUCCAAGUCUUGUUGUUGGAGGAACCCUGAUAUUUGCUUCUUUAAACGAGCCGGGUAUAGACCAGUACAUAAACAAAAAUUGGUGCUGGCUUUCAACAGAGAAUUAUUAUAUAUGGUCGUUCGCUGGACCAGUAGUAGUUAUAAGUUUUGUGAAUAUGGUUGUGUUUUGCAUUGUUGUAAAAGAAAUGGUGAACAUGACGAGCAUGCAGUCAAAUAAAUUAAGCCGAGUCAAGACAACCGUAAAGGCUUGCAUUGUGUUGUUUCCUCUGUUGGGGGUCACGUGGCUCUUUGGGUUAUUGAGUAUGAUAAAUUCCAGUGUCACGUCACAGUACAUCUUCACUUUACUGAACUCUCUUCAGGGAUUGAUGAUUUUCAUUUUUCACUGUGCGAGAAAUACUGAGGUUAAACUUGUAUGGAGCAACAAGUUACAAAGGAUGAAGAAACGAGCUUGUCACUUUUUUAGAAUCCAAGGCCCUUCCCAAACCAACGUAAGCGGAGAAAACAUUUCAGACAAAAAUAAACCUUCUGAAGUAGAACUUAGUAGAAGGAAAAGCAAGAUCGCUCCUGCUGAUGGAUAGGACAAACAAUCACGAGCGAUCACGUUCACGCAAACAUAUCAUCACGUCCGAGGUGAAACUUCCAGGAAGGAACGACAAAAAUUACUUUAAUUAAUCGAUACGAGGAGGUAUCGUAAUCACAACCAAGUUUCUUCAUGACAGCAGUGACUUUGAUUUUGAACGAGCGUGCUGGAGACGAAUUUUUUUUGUUCACCUAAGAUAAACCACAUCAAGACAUUUAAUGCAAAGCAAAUACUUCAUGAUAGGAACAAUUUUAUCUUGGAAAAUGAUGAAGUCUUGGACAAAACUGACUAAUCGCCAUAAUCAUCUGUCUAAUCAACUCUCAGGUCACGUACGUCGAUAAUUUACAUAUUGUAAGCUAAGGCAAAAUGUAUUACCUUGAAAAGGAAUCUUUUUUUUUGGAAUAUAGAUAUGUAGUAUAAGUUAUAAAUCAUAACAUUUUAAUUUUCCGAGAAAUUUUCGUUUAUGGAGAACAAAAUCGAGGGAAAAUAGUAAAUUAGUAAAAGGAAGUGAUUCUGUAAGCUAAUCGCCUGGGUAUUGAUAUUGAGAGUUCAAUCAAUUAUUUGAAAAUUUAUUCACAAAUAGCCUAAGUAAUAAUGAUUAGUUGGAAUCAAUUCUCGGAUAUUUUUUCACAUAGGAAGUCUCAAGUCUCUCUGAAAAAACAAAGAAUAUUACCUAGUUUAAAACAUGUCGAUCUAAUUGAUAAAUACAAGAACUAGUUCACAUAUUGUGCAAAUUCCCCUCAUCGAAGUGAAAAACUCGAAAAUCCUGAAGAUCCCCUUCUCCACCAAAAUUAGAAAGGUUAAUUCACCAAUCAAGCCAAGUGUCUCAUUUGUCGUAAACUCAACCCGGUAUCAAGGGCAUGGUGCGCCAAGCAGAGCUUGUCCCCAGACCUCUCGAUCAAACGUUUAGCCCGACUUCAGUUUUUCCUACAUCUCGUUAUCUCGUCACUAUUACAAAAUGUGGUCCAUCACAACGGUCAUUACCGAUGAAACUUAACUUCAGAAUGAAAUAUUUUCCAGUACUUAAACUUUAAACAUUACUGCGCUUUACUGGGAAGAUCACUCUCAUAUUCAGAGUUGCAAAUGUUAUGAAGCUCUCCAGAUGAUCAAAAUGUCUAUCUAUCUGUACUAAUCCAGACCGACAACUGACAAGGUGUUUGUUGAUAUAAAUGGGGAGUUGGUCCACACCAAGCGGAGAAUCGUGACUUCUGUCAUUUGCUACCUUGGAAACCAAAGUCAAGCAAAAAUUUAUUUGAAAACAGACUUAUAUACUUUUUAUUUAUGAUUCAAGAAGAAUUUAAUUAUAUUACUUUGCGGUCAAUGAAAUUUGUUAUUUUACUAGAUGAAACUUAUUAAGGAUUUAAAACUGAUUCAUUCUUAGAAAAAAACCGACGCUGUUUGAAACUCUUUAAAGCUAAUGAUCACUAUAUCAAUUAUCGUCUUUGUUGUUGGCGCUCUCUUAAAUCAGCGUGAAAAGAAGACAUUUUUCGUUAUCCUGCUGUUUCAUGCUAUUGAUGCCUAAGAAUUUUAUCCGAAAUUGACUUUUGUUCCUUCACUUACAUUUUUUUUCUAUUUGUGUUUCAAACAUUGAAAACGCAAUUCACGGCCACAUUCAUCGAGCAAACGAAAAGAUAGUAUUACCAAUGAAUAAAUUUUCGCUACCAUCAAAACUCUUUAAUUAAAAUUGUUUUCGUCGAACCAAAUUCAAUGAAGUUUGUACUUGGCUGAAAUAAAAUUUUCUGUGUCUGUUGACUAAGUAAGAAAAUUAUUAUUCGAGUGAUAUGGUCUCUCCAACAAACCGUAUAUACUAUAUAUUAUUAUUUUAACAGUAGCAGUUGCAAUUUAAAAGUAAUGCUGAAUUAGUUAUAUUUUUGUGGGAAACAAUAUAUUGACAUCCGGUUCUGAUAAGUGUCCAAAUGGGAGCAAAAAGUAAACUUCCUUCCAAUGA